AUGCUGGCCGACAACUGGAAGGUGGACGGGCCCAGCUACGGCUGCAACGUCCAGAUGCGAGUCGGCGACGAGCGAAUGGGACACGCCAUCUUCGUGACCGGCCGCGAGGACGCUUGCGAGGAGCUCCCAGACGCGGGCGUAGCCAAGGAUCCUGUCGAGCCGAAGUCGCCCAAAGAUGCGCAGGAGCCAGGCGGCUGCGGGUGUGAGGGGUACUACGAGCUGGGGAUGCAGAAGGCCAUCGCGGCCAAGGACGACGCCCUCGCUGGCCUGGCCAACUUCGUGAGCGAGGCCCGCGCACUGCGCCGCACUUUCCGGGGCGCAUCGUGGAGGCUGGCGCAGCUGCUGCUGCCGGCCGCCCUGGUCGCAGCCAGCAUGCUGUCGGAGUCGGUCUCCAGCCGCCUCGCCACCGUGUACUACGUGCGCUACAUGCGGGUGUUGGAGGAGCUGCUGGGUGAUGCCGGCAGCCAGUUGCCCAACCCGCUGCAUCGGGAGUGGAUCAGCACUCAUCACCACGACUACCCGCAGAAGCUCCAGGAUUUAACCGCGUCCUGGCUGCAAGAGCCGCUGGUGGUCACCCAGUGGUUCUGGGACGUGACGGUGGUCCCAUUGCCGAUGAUGGCUUUGCUCGCAAUGUUCCUCUGCAAGCACAAGCUAGUUUACUGCAAGGCAGCGCUUGUUUUUGCUGCGCUCCUCUCUGGCAGGGCCGCAUGUGGCCUCCUCACAGUGGUUCCGGACGCCAGCGGGUGGGAGCAGUGCCAGCAAAGGUUGAACAAGAGAGGCAUUGAGGACAUGGGCACCCACGCGGAGUUGCUAGAUUUUCGCAACGAUUUCUGGGGCUCGUUGCUGGAGGUCCUUAGUGUGGAAGUCGGUGGCAGCCGCUACUGCGGUGACAUGAUAUAUUCGAAGCAUUGCUUCAUUCUCCUGCUGAGCACCCUCGUGAUUAACGACCUGCUGGGGCGAUGCCAUGGGCACCGGCGGUGCAUCCGUGUUGUUAUCGGAGUGUUGACGUGGACAUAUACGAUUUCAGCGUCAUUUGCCACAAUCGCCGCGAGAUACCAUUAUUCCCUUGACGUUUUCCUAGCAUUCAGGGGCACGGUGGCGGAUUUUACUUUACGACUCAAACAUGGUAAAUUGCAUUUGCUUGUGGUGGGCCCAGGACCCAGAGGAGGACGAGGAACGCAAAGAAGAGGCCCGUGGGUUUAUGAUCGGUAG